CUUCCUCGGGACCUUCAGAGCGGUUGCGCACGCGUCCUCGGAGGACACGUUUUCCUACGCAUGCGCUCCCCGCAUAGCGGCCCCGGAAGCGUUUGGUUUUCUUCCGUCCGGCUUGUCUGUCGGGGCUGAGAGAGUCGCGAUGUCUGGGGCGGCUGCAGGGUCGGCGGGCUCCGGGUCGGUGGGCUCGGUGGUGCGGCGCUUCCUGGCCGAGUACAGCAGCGGGACGCCGAGCCGCCUGAAGGUGCUGGACGCCUACCUGCUCUACGUCAUGCUGACGGGGGCGCUGCAGUUCGGCUACUGCCUGGGCGUCGGCACCUUCCCCUUCAACUCCUUCCUCUCGGGCUUCAUCUCGGCCGUGGGCAGCUUCAUCCUGGGCGUUUGUUUGAGGAUCCAAAUCAACCCGCAGAACAAGGGGGAAUUUCAAGGUAUCUCCCCAGAACGAGCCUUCGCUGAUUUCCUCUUUGCCAACACCAUCCUCCAUCUUGUCGUCAUCAACUUUGUGGGCUGACCAAUCGGUCCUGGAUGUGUCUCCCUUGCUGAAGCCCCUCCCGAGCAAGCGUGCUGUGCAUCACGGACUUUGAUUUGUUCACCAGUGAGGAAAGGAACUGUUUCCUUGUUGGGCCUUACCUUCCAUUUCCAUGAGAGCCAAUAAAUCUCCUUUGUUAUA